CGUCCGUCUCUUGCCUGCUCGGUUGGAUCCACGGUGCCACAGGAACAUCGAUUCACCAUCGAAAUUUGUCCACGAUCAAGGCCCUUUCUUGGAGGUGUUACCGUGACUGAGAGAAGAGAGUGUGUCGUCCGGCUGGUCCUUUUACGUGCAACAGUUCCUACCUGCGUCUUGGCAAACUACUUGCGGACGUCUGCUGUCUCGUACAUGGGUCUGAAUAUUUCCAUCGCCUCCCCUUGGAUGUCCAGCCCGUGGCCAUUUUUCGUCAAAUAUGGACCUUCCACGUCUGUCCUCGACCCCGUCGAUUCACGUUCAUGA